AAACUGAAGGAUAAAGCCGGCGAUCGGUUGGUUCAACAUAUUGAGGCGUAUCUGGAUAACCGCGUAGAUUGCUCUUUACUAUUGGAGGAUGCGGAAGCCAAAGAGACAGCUGUUUCGGAACUGGAACGUCUCGAAGUUGAACUGACAUCAAAAAUUUCCACAGCGAAAGAAACAGCUCGAAUGGAAGCGGAGGUUGCUUUUAAGACUCGCGAGCUCGAAUUGUCCGAGCUCGUCGAAUCUUUGCGUAGUCGUAUUCGAGAUUUAAAUGUGGCCUCUUGGGACCGCGAAAACGCGAUGAAACAUCGUGUAGACGAGUUGCAACAAGCAUUGCAAACAUCACGUUCAGAAGUGAACAAACUACAGGCUGCCUUGGAUGCACUGAAGACAAGCACCGUAUCUUCCGAAAAAGUCUUUGCAUCGAUGGCCACAUCAACA